AUGAGUACGGCAGAUCCACAGCUGUUUGUUGGGUAUGGGAUCCAACUGGAGUUGAAAGACGGGAAGAUUAUCCAGGGGAAGAUCAAUAAGAUUACUCAGAAAGGUUUGACUUUAAACGAUGUUAAGUUCAAUGAUGGUGGUAGAUCUAACGUUUUCAAGAUCAGAGCGUCAAGAUUGAAGGAUUUGAAAGUGUUAUCCUUGCCCUCGAAGAAACAGCAACAGCAACAGCAGCAACAGCAACAGCAACAGCAGCAACAGCAACAGCAGCAACAGCAACAGCAGUCACGGGGAGAUUGGAUGGAUGAUGAUGUUACCAAGAUUAAGAAUCAACAGGAUUUUGAUUUCCAAUCUAAUUUGAAUAUGUUUGAUAAGAAACAGAUUUUUGAUCAAUUGAAACAGAAUGAUAACAUUGAAUCAUCUAAGAGAUUAGUAUCACAUAAUGUAAAUAAACAAGACUUUGAUCAUGAUGAAUAUGUCCUAUCAAAACAUGACGAAUGGAACAAGAUAUCAUCUGAACAAGAUGAUGAUAAUGAGGUUGACGAUGAUGAUGACGACGAGGAUUAUGAUGAUGACGAUGAUGAAUACUUACCCAUAACGAAAUCUAUCAAUAUAACCCAUCUUUUAAAUUCGUCCACAACAAAUGAUGAAUCGCUUUCUAAAUUACAACAAUUAAUCAUCAAUGAGACGAAUUCUUCUUCACAUCAUUUCAUUAAGAAUCCGAGAACUGAUCAAAUGGUCCCAAUGAUUACACCAAUUGAAAUAUUAGAAAUUGAAAGAAUCACUAAUGAUAGUUUCCAAAUAACAACAUUAAAUGAAAUCUUUGCCAUGAAUCUUUCAUAUUUAAUCAAGUACAAAUUUUUUGGUGGUUGGAAAAGACUUAACUCACAAAAUAAUAACCCUGAACCAUUGAUUUUAAUUACUAUAUCAGAAUUUAAUAGAUCUGGUCUUAGAGCCAUCACUUUAGCACGCUUCUUAAGUCAACUGAACCAAAUCAGAGUCAUAGUAUUGUUCCCCAAUUAUAAGAAAACCGUAACGGUAAACAAAGAAUUCAAUUUACAGUUCGAAAUUUUCAAGAAAUGUGGUGGUAAAGUAAUAAACUCUAUUAAAAAUUUGAAUGCUACAUUAAGUAAAUUAAAUAGUCCCAUCGAGUUGAUCAUCGAUGCCAUUCAAGGGUUUGACUUCAAUUUAAACGAUCUCGACGAUGCCAAUCAGUAUAAGAUCAUUGAAAUAAUCAAUUGGAUGAACAAUAAAACUAAACAUACAGCAGCCAAGAUUUGGUCAUUUGAUCUUCCAUCCGGUCACGACAGUUCUACAGGUUACAAAAACUUCGAAGAAGCCAUCACAAAGAUCGACAAGAUUGUAUGUACCUAUUCCUGGCCACUAACCUGUACAAAUAUUUUGAGACAAACUAUUACUAGCGAUAAAGAUAAUGUCAUUUUAAUCGAUUGCGGAAUCCCAAAAAACGUCUACUUGGAGAAAAAUUCUCUGCGCAAAUUUUACAACAUUGAUACUUUCGUUGAAUCUGGUGCCAUAGAGCUCACCAUAUGA